AGCGCGGGUCUCUUUCAGCGCCAGCCGCGCGGCGCCGCCUCCUCUUCCUCCUCCUCCUGCUGCUGCUCCCGCUCCUGAGUCACGGCGAGCGCGGGCCCCGCGCAGGAAUUGAAAUCCAAGAGAAUGGCAGACAUUGACAACAAAGAACAGGCUGAACUUGAUCAACAGGAUAUGGAAGAUGUUGAAGAAGUAGAAGAAGAAGAAGCUGGUGAAGAUGCCAACAGCAAAGCUCGACAGUUGACUGUGCAGAUGAUGCAGAAUCCUCAGAUCCUUGCAGCUCUUCAGGAAAGACUUGAUGGCCUGGUAGGAACAUCUACAGGAUAUAUAGAAAGCUUGCCUAAAGUUGUUAAAAGACGUGUGAAUGCGCUCAAGAACCUUCAGGUUCAGUGUGCACAGAUAGAAGCUAAGUUCUACGAGGAAGUUCAUGAGCUGGAAAGAAAGUAUGCUGCCCUCUAUCAGCCCUUAUUUGACAAGCGAAGUGAAAUCAUCAAUGCAAUUUAUGAACCUACAGAGGAAGAAUGUGAAUGGAAAGCAGAUGCUGAAGAAGAGAUUUCAGAGGAAAUGAAAGAGAAGGCCAAGCUUGAAGAAGAAAAAAAAGAUGAAGAAAAAGAAGACCCUAAAGGAAUUCCUGAAUUUUGGCUGACAGUGUUCAAGAACGUUGACUUGCUCAGUGAUAUGGUUCAGGAACAUGAUGAACCUAUCCUGAAACACUUAAAAGAUAUAAAGGUCAAAUUCUCAGAAGCUGGACAGCCUAUGAGUUUCACAUUAGAAUUUCACUUUGAAGCAAAUGACUACUUCACAAACGAAAUACUGACAAAGACGUAUAGAAUGAGGUCAGAGCCAGAUGAUUCUGAUCCCUUCUCCUUCGAUGGACCAGAAAUCAUGGGUUGUACAGGUUGCCAAAUAGACUGGAAAAAAGGAAAGAAUGUUACUUUAAAAACGAUUAAGAAGAAGCAGAAACACAAGGGUCGUGGCACAGUUAGAACAGUGACAAAAACAGUUUCUAAUGACUCUUUCUUCAACUUCUUUAGUCCUCCUGAAGUUCCUGAAAGUGGAGAUUUGGAUGAUGACUCCGAGGCGAUCCUUGCUGCAGACUUUGAAAUAGGUCACUUCUUACGUGAACGUAUAGUGCCCCGAUCAGUAUUGUACUUCACAGGAGAAGCUAUCGAAGACGAUGAUGAUGAUUAUGAUGAAGAAGGAGAGGAGGCAGAUGAUGAGGAGGGGGAAGAAGAAGCAGAUGAAGAAAAUGAUCCAGAUUAUGACCCAAAAAAGGAUCAAAACCCAGCAGAAUGCAAGCAGCAGUGAAGCAGUGUGUAUGUGGCCUUGAGGAUUACCUGCACUGUAAUAGCCUAAACACAACUAUUAGUUACUUACAGCCUUAUGUUUUGUAUCUUGGUAGAAUUAAGUAACCAAUUUGUUAAAAAUGAAAUCAAACACAUAAGAACCAGUUUAAAAUGUAGGUUCAAUCUGCCUAGCAUUUUAACAGUAUAAUUUUCAGCCAAUAUGUAGAAUGCAGCAAAUCCCCUAAAGCAUGAAUGUUAAUUCAUUGCUACAUAGUUUGGUUCUUGUGAAGUCCUUGUCAUGUAGCUAUUAGACUGCAGCUGUGAAGAUUAUCAGAACUGUUAACUGAGACCAAUAUUUGUUUAGAGAAAAUCCUCUCCUGAAGAACCAACCAAAGUAUUUUCAGCCCAGUAGUCUGAACGGGUUUAAGUCUGCUUGCACUAGCUGUGCCUUCAUUACUUUGUUAUAGAAAACGGCAGUGACUUGUACUAACUAGGAGAUGAUGAUGAUGAUGAUGCAUUUUGAAUUUGACUACUUGAGAAGACUAGUAUGAUUUGUUUAAUUUCCAAUGAGACCACAUUAAACAUUCAUAACUGUCAGCUUGUUUAUGCUAUGGGUUUUGUAUUUUAUGUGACAUAGUGAUCUACAAAGGAAACCUAGUCAUCAUAUUAAGGUUUAUUGUUUACCACUGGGGUGUGAAUAAAACCUAGUAUUUUCAGAAGCUAGUCUUGUUUUAUUAUGAUGUGUGUAUCUGCAUGUGUAAAAUAUUAAGGCGUCUCUUCCAUGCUGCAGUUCACUUUUUACUAAAAACAAAAAUCAUCCAAGUUGCUGAAAGGUAAAUUAUAUAGCAUUUGAAAAGCAAACACCAUUUAAUUGUCUGGGAAGUUUUGAUCUGUGCUUUCCUUUUUGCAGUGUGGUAGCUGUGAGCCUAAGCUACGUGUUUCAGUGAUCAGUCAACACUGCCAUUGUGAGAAGACAAAUUUUCACGAGUGGGUCUAGAUCUGGUGAAGGACUUUGGUGUUGCCAUGCCUUACUCAAAGGUCAUUUGCAUGGAAUCUGGAGACAAGAGUUGCCUGGGGACACUUAGCUGCAUUCUAUAGCUUGUUUGCUCACUGUAUCAAGAACUUAAAGAAGAGGAACCAAAAAGCAAGGAAUUUCUUCCUUCUCCCAAAAGUUGUUUGCUAAGCUACUUGGCAUGGUGUGUGGUUCAUGUCCUUCGCUCUGGAUAUUCAUUGCCAGCUUAAUAUAAGAUCCAUCCCCCAGGCCUUGUGUUUAUCCUUGCCUCUAGUCUAGUAUCUAGCAUCUAGGGAGGGUGCUCUUUUGUGGGACAUGGAUACAAACGCGCUCAGCUCAGACUGAUGUCCUCUGCUCAAGUCUUCCACAGCCAGUCAGUUACUAUUGUCUUUUGUGCAGCCUUGGCCUUGGCAUAACUCCAGAUGUGCUGAUAUAAAUCAGCACCAAGCUGACUUUUUCAGAGAUGGAAGGACAUCUCCUUGUACCUGAUGUACUACGAAGUGUAGCCAUAAGGGGCUGCAGUGUUAAAUAGAGCAGGGCAAGGAGGAGGAGGCAAGGAAGCUCCCCUUGGUGUGAGGAAGGGUCCAGGGGAAGUUCCUCCAGCUUUUCUUUCACUUGGAGGGCAGAUACAGCAGCAUGAAACUCAUCCUAAACCCCCUUCCUGGAUUCUCUGUCCUUCUCAGAGGACAGAAUGAGGCCUAUCCUGAACUGCUGUCCUGAAACAUCAUCCUUUCUCAGAGGAAGAUCUGCUGUGUCCUGACUAAACUGACUUUUUUUGUGCGUUCCUCAGGCUUGAAUGCCCUUGAAUGCCACAUUGCUUAAUUUCAGAAUCCCUGUCCAACUUGAUCUGUUUCCUAUCUAGAUAGCCAUGGAUUUGGGAGAAAGAGUUCUUGUUGUUCAUAGCUGUACACCAGUACUGGUGAAGUUGCACUUUUUUUUUUAAGGAAGCCUAUAGCUCACAGCAUAGAAAAAUAUGCAAAAAAACAGUUGACAUCACUGUCACUUCAUAGCUGUGUGUUAAAGUGGACGUGGCUUUGUCCUUGCGAUGACAUUAAUCCUGACAGGAUCUGCCCGGCCUCGGAGAUGCUGUCCCGCCAGGUAUUCAUGUAUCCCUUGUCUUUUCUCUCAAUGUUUCCCAGGACUCAUUUUGAACCAAGCACCCAAUAUUUAAGCUUGAACUUCAAGACCUGCAGAGACCAAGGUCACAGUAUGUCAUGGGGCUGAGUGUUUGCUAACGUGGGGUUUGGGGUUGGCAUGGGUCGCACCUUCGAUCAUGAGAAGCAUCCAAAGUCCUUACUUAGAUCUAGCCUAUGUUUACUACCAAAAGAGAAAGCACUGCCAAAAGUUGGCCAAGGAAUUUCAGAAAUCAUUGUUGUUGUCAUAUGAAAUCUGGCUUGUGCUUAAAUUGC